AUGGGCACCAAAUGGUUUAGCGGGGCACCCUUCGGGGUGCAGAGCCACAGGUUUGAUGUCUCUGCAGUUUACCCCAGCCACAAGAAAUUCAGCACCUUCACGGAGGCCCCGUACUCCAGGCUUCAUUCUUUGGACCUGUCCCACAUAGGACCUGGGACCUACAGCUCCAAGGACACCUGCUUUAGUAAGAAGAAGCUCAGAAAGGAGGUGGGCACAGGCUGGGCCCGUGCCCAGGAAGCUGACCGGCUGACCCAGCUGCCCCACUUCCAGUACCAGACCAUCAUGAAAGAGAAGCAGCUGCAGAAGGAGAAGCUGGGGCCCGGCUCCUACAACCUCAAAGACUUCCUGGAAGAGCUGAAGGAGAAGCCCUGCAGCACCCGGGGGCUGCUCAGCUCUGGGGAGGUUCGCUUCCGAGGACUCAUUGGGAACUACUAUCCAGGCCCCGGAAAUUAUGGGGUGAAGGGUAACCCAUACACAAAGCUGGAGGAGAAGUCCUGCAGCCGCUCUCACUCUGCGGCCCCCACAUGCCGGACAGCCCACAGGACACCCCCCAUGGCUCACCAGGGGAGUGGUCUGGCACCCUGCACCUACUCUUUCAAAAGUGGCAUUGAGGCAUACCUGGCAAAAUCCAUGGGCACCCGCGGUUUCUACGACACGUUCUCUGGCAACCGCAGCAAGCCGCAGCCUUACGGGCAUUUCUCGGUGCAGGUGUGUACCCAGAAAAGAAAGCCCAGGGAACUGAUGAAUUUUACGAGCUUCGUGGAAGAACUUAACUCACCUCACAAUAAGAAGCGUGGGGUUUUUUCGAAAAUUUCUCGCAACCCGGAAACCCCUACAGAAAGGAUUUACUGGGCCACCCUUAGCCAGUGUCCCCGAAAACUAGCCACGUCUGGUCCCGGUUCAUGGCUUCCUCCAAAGACAGAAUGUAAACGCGUCAACCAGCCACCGUUCCUGUUCUCUUCCAAGCGGAUGGGCAUAAAGGCCUGCCAGAUGGUUUUGGGAAGCUGGAACCCUGUAGGUGUGGGUCGCUACCUCAACACCUGGCUGGCAGAGACCAAGGACCAUCGACAGCGAUAUCGGUCCCUAUUCCUGGGUGGAUCCAAGCGCUACCCCUCAGACCCGGCCAGGGACAGGCUCAUGCAGGAAAGGAUUACACCUUUUACUAAGGGGAAGUGCCCUCCAACAGUGGAUUACAAUUCAGAUCCUACUCCUUAA